AUAGAGAAAAGAAAAAGAAAUGGCGGGGAAAGAGUGACUAGAGCAUACCUCAGUGGCAAAUUACCAGAACCGCAAUGGGAAACAAGUAACAACUCUUUCAAGUUUGAAUUUGUCAAGCAACACAAAACAAAACCAACUCCUAAUUAACACAGCCCGACACCUCUUACAUGCUUCACCUAAAAUUAAACAAAACAAGACAGCUAACUUCUGUUUCUCUAGUCCUUCUUCAAUCAGAUCAAUUCCUUUUUUUUUUUUUUUCCAUUGUCUCAACUCAAGAACAUGAACCCUCGCCGCCCUUUGUCUCUUCUUUUCUUUGUCUUCUUCAUUAUUUCUUCUAUUCGUUUCGCUUAUUCCAUCUCCAAUUCUCAAAAUCUUGAAACUUUCUAUCCAUUUCCAGUUCUUGUUCCAUCCCCUGCACCAUCACCUUCCAAUUCUGGUAACAGCCCUCCUCCAAACUCUUCUUUACUGUUCCCUUCACCGCCGCAAUUUUCGCCAUCUUCACCGCCUCUUCUUGAACAGAGUUCCUCGUCUGAUAAUAGUACUCUUGUAAAGGCUGUAGCUGCUACAGCUGCUACGACUUUUGUCAUUGCCACCUUGCUUUUCUUUUUUGUACGGAGACAUGUCAUUGCGCGAAGAAAAAGAAAUAAUUCAGAUGAUAAAUCCAGUGGGGGAUUGCAACCUGGGGCUGCAGGUAAUGGUCAGUUUGCGCGAGGUGAUGGGAACUUUAAGGGGAUGAUUAUUGAUGAGAAUGGAUUAGAUGUCCUUUACUGGAGAAAACUUGAAGGGAAAAACAGGAGUAAUCGGAGUGUUGUAACUCGGGGUCUUGAAGAAGAUGAUGAAGCUGAUGAUGUCGAUCUGACGGUUCAAGCAGGACAUAGACGGAGAAAGUCUGAGCCUAUCCAAGAAAUUCCUUUGCUUCGAGGAAAAUCUUCAGCUUCUCAGAAUAAAGUUGUGCCAGAAAUUAGUAAUCCUGACAGAAUUAUGGCAGAACCUGUCAAUGAGGCAAUUGGAAAACCAAAUUUAUCGAGUCAGACAUCAAACCCUCCUCCUGCACCGCCGCUGCCGCCGCCACCAUCAUUGAUGGGAGUUCCAGCCAAGCAACAGCCUGCACCAGUACGGCCUCCACCUCCUCCAAUCCCAUUAAAGAACAAUAAUUCAACACCACCUCCGCCGCCUCCUGUUCCACCAAAAAAAACUAAUUCAACACCACCUCCAACACCACCUCCAGUUCCAGUGAAGAAAAGUAAUAUAACAUCACCUCCACCCCCACCUCCAAUUCCGGUGAAGAAAAGUAAUAUAACACCUCCACCACCUAAAGCUGCUGGAGCGGCUAAAGGGUCGGAGGCAGGUACGAGCGGAACAGGUGGUUCUUUAAGUGCAGAAGACAAGAUAGGAAGUGGGAAUGGUCAGGUAAAACUGAAGCCAUUGCAUUGGGAUAAAGUGAAUAAGAAUACUGAUCAUUCCAUGGUGUGGGACAAAAUUGGCGGUGGCUCUUUCAGGUUUGAUGAUGAUCUUAUGGAAGCCCUCUUUGGAUAUGUUGCAACUAACAGAAGAUCACCCAAGAAGGAACGUGAAACAAGCGAUUCAAAGAGUCAGAGUAGCAGUUCACCAGCACAAAUUGCUAUACUUGAUUCCAGGAAAUCUCAGAACAUAGCAAUUGUGCUCAAAUCUCUUGGCAUCUCUCGCAGCGAACUGUUUGAUGCUUUAACUAAUGGCCACGGUCUAAAUGCAGAAACUCUUGAAAGAGUUAUGAGAAUUGCCCCAACAAAAGAAGAAGAAUCACAGAUUCUCGAAUUUGAUGGAGAUACUAGUAGACUUGCUGAUGCUGAGUCUUUCCUUUACCAUCUCCUGAAGGCUGUUCCAUCAGCUUUUGCGCGUCUUGAUGCUAUGCUUUUCAGACUAAAUUAUGACUCAGAGAUUCUCCAGUAUGAGGAUUCUUUACAAACACUUGAACUAGGCUGCAAGGAGCUUCGAAAUCGAGGACUGUUUGUGAAACUUUUAGAAGCAAUCCUUAAGGCUGGUAAUCGAAUGAAUGCAGGAACUUCUAGAGGAAACGCACAAGCAUUUAAUCUAACUUCUCUUCAAAAGCUAUCUGAUGUUAAAAGCACAGAUGGGAAAACUACUCUACUUCAUUUUAUUGUGGAGGAAGUUGUCCGGGCGGAGGGAAAACGCUGUGUUAUGAACAGAAAUCGCAGCUUGAAUCGCAGCAGUAGCAGAAGCAGCAGCAGCAGCAAUAGCAUCGCAAGUUGGGAUAAUUCAGCGUCCAAAGACGAAAGAGAAAAAGAAUAUAUAAUGCUUGGAUUGCCAAUGGUAGGAGGGCUCAGUGCAGAAUUCUCUAAUGUCAAGAAAGCAGCACAGAUAGAUUAUAAUUCCUUUGCAGGAACUUACUCGGCUCUCACAGCACGUGUAGCAGAAGUUAGGCUAAUCGCGUCGCAAUGUGCAGCUAAUGGGGAAGGAAAUUUUGCUAACGAGAUGAAAAGUUUCGUUGAAGCAGCAGAGUAUGAAUUAAAAGUCCUGAGAGAGGAGGAAAACAGGAUUAUGGAACUUGUAAGAAAAACAACAGAAUAUUAUCAAGCAGGAGCUUCCAAGAAAAAAGGAGCACCGCCACUUCAACUAUUUGCCAUAAUCAAAGACUUUCUAGGCAUGGUUGAUCGAGUUUGUAUAGAAAUUACCCGAAAUAUGCAGAGAAGGAAAACACCCUCUCCAAAUUUUGGCUCCUCACCCAAGUCACCAGCAUCACGGGUACCGGUGAAGUUUCCAAACUUGCCUGAACAUUUCAUGAAGGAAAAAUCAAGUAGCAGUUCAAGUGAAUCUGAAACUGAUGUUUAAGCACAUUUUUUUUUUUUAUCACAGAAAAUAAAUUAGUUAAUGUAUAUAGUUGUUAUAUAUAUAUAUAUAUAUAUAUAUAUAUAUUUAAAAGAAAAACUCAAGAUGUAAAAAUCAUAGGUGAGUGAUUUUUGAAAUUCUUAAAUUGUUUUCUAAUUCUCGGCAAUUUCUGAGUAAGUGAAUUGAGAAUUUUUUUGUUUGCAGGUGUUA